UAUAACCUUUCACCUUUUUCUUUUGGUGUUCUCAUUUAUUGAAAGGCUUUGCUGACAUUAUUGGCAUCCUACUUUUGUUUUGGCUCUUUUGGUUUUCUUGGCAGCUUUCAUCUAUUCAGAGUGCAUGACAUCUUCAAGCUGUCGCAUAAUAUCAUCUGUGUUACAGAACAUCAUGUAUUUAUUCCUCCAUGAUGGCCUUUUGUGUGUAUGUCUUGGCAAGUUCUGUCUGUGUUUUUUUUGUGGGCAUGUUUGUGGGUGAGUUUUGGGCAUGAUUACUGUUGGUUUAAGAGGAAUCAUUGAGGCAGGAAUUGUCCUGGUGUCUGUGUUUUGCGAGAUGUAGUAACUAUGUCACUCUCACUCUGGUGCAGACGGACAGCUGCCCCAGUCAGCAACAGAGAUCCCUAUGGCAACGCCUCUCUCAGCAGUAGCACUAACUCUGGCUCCUGCAAGGGCAGUGACUGCAGCCCCACCAAAGGGUAAGACUCAAAAUGGCUACCGCAUCAAUCUAUAAGACAGGGCUCGAUGCAAUCCGUAUUGCUUAAGGUCAGCAGUAUAGCGUCAUAUGCAGCGUUUACCGUGAAUGCGGUCUCUGCGAACGCCUGAACAGGGCCUUUAAAUUGCAGUCGCGCUAUACCGCGAAUGUUGUUAUAUUUUGAAUGAUAAGGACGUGUUAUUCUAAAGCCUUAUAACUUGUUAUAAGAAUGUAUGAACCUUAAAGCUGGAAUCCUUACUUAAGGAAACUGCCACGUCCGUUUGGGAUAUUGCAACAACAAAGGAGUUACUUCAAAUAACAAACACUGUUCAUUCCCCUCUGACAUCAGCGCAGGCGCAAUAGAACACCAGACUAUGUACUGCACUUUUUUUUUUUUACCCACGCUGCCGCAGUCUUACAGAAGGUAAUGGGUUCUAUCUCUCCUCUGUUUCCUCUCUCUCGCCAAGGCGUCACAUGAAGGCAUACACUUCAUGUACAGAUAACCAUGGCAUCCGCCCCCCUCCCCCCGAGCAGUACCUCACACCCCUGCAGCAGAAAGAAGUGUGUAUCAGACACCUGCGGGCCCGCCUCAAGGAAACCGUCGACAGGCUGCAGGACAGGUGACACACAGAGACACACACUGGAAUAAAUCUCCAGACAAAUAUAGAAGGUCUCGACUCAGACCGUUACAUUUUCCCAAUAACACUGGUCUCACUAAACAGGUACUCUCUCUGAACGUACAUUAUGUAAAUUCGAUUUUUAUUUUAGCAUUUUAUGUUUUGGAAAUAUAAUGGUCUUUUGAAGUUGUAAUCAGUAAGCAUUUGCAUAUAUAUUUGAAUGUCAACUGCUACCACAUUUCCAUCAAAUGACCCUCAUAAUUCUUUCAUUUUGUAAUUAUGUUGAUAUAUAAAUGUUUCACAAAAUGUUUGCCGAAUACAUUAACUCUCUCUCUCUCUCUAAUCUCUCUCUAUCCUCUCUAUCUCUCUAUCUAUAUAUCUUCCUCUCUCUCUCUCUAUCUCCUCUCUUCUCUCUACUUCUCGCUCUCUCUCUCUCUCUCUCUCUCUCUUCUCUCCUCACAACCUUCCUUGUUUAUCCCCACACUUCCUCUCUGUCUGUCUCAGGGACUCUGAGAUCGAUGAGUUGAGGACCCAGUUGUCUCGUAUGCAGGAGGACUGGGUUGAGGAAGAGUGUCACCACAUGGAGACCCAGCUGGCUUUGAAGGAGGCGCGCGUGGAGACCCAGCUGGCUCUGAAGGAGGCGCGCGUGGAGAUUCAGCAGCUCAAGGAGGUAGUGGACAUGGUGCGCAACAACCUCAGCUCCAGCGACUCCACCGACACCGGCGUCCAGAAAUACUUCCAGGACAUCAACGUCCAGAACCACAAGCUGGAGACCCUGCUGCUCAGCAUGGAGCUAGCUCAGAAUGGGGUGGCCAAGGAGCAAGAGUCUGCUGCUGCUGGACGAGGAGCGGCAGGGUGGUCUGGGGCUGGGAGGCCUGGGACUGCGGGGUCAUGGCCCGGGAGUAGUCCCGCUGCAUCAGGGACUGGAGGGGGUGGCUCCAAGAGUCUGUGUGGGUCCUGUGAUGGCUCCCCCGCCCGCUCUCUGACCCAUAGCUUCACAUACACCAAGCUGAGCGACCAUGCGCUGGCGGAUAAGAACGGGGACGGCCUGUCAGGGGAGGAGACCCAUGACAGCGGCUUUGUGUGCUGUGGGGAGAGUCACAGUCACAGUGCAGCCAGCAGUCGCAGUGCAGCCAGCAGUCAGAGAGCAGACCUGCUCCUGGAGGCAGCCUUCCUGUCUAAGGAGACAGCCUCUCUGCUCAGCACCUACUCCCAUCUGCCACACUUCUCCACCUACGAGAAGCUGUGCUCUGGGCAGGACAGGGUGGCGCCCCUGCGCUGUGCCAUGGGUGAGGCGGGCAGCGCCAGCCACCCCUGUCUGUCCCACCACCACCUUUACCUGCACCACCCCAGGGAGCAGGCCGUCCAGACAGAGAGCUGCCCCGUGCCCGUGGGGGUGGGCUACGCCUCUGACCUGGACACCAUCGCAGAGCGCACCUUCCGCUCUCAGGCCUGCAGCCCCACCUCCACCUGGGUCUCAGACGAGGGAGACGACCUGGACUCAGUUACCGCGACGUCAGUCACCACAACAACCCUCACAGCUACAACAACAGAGCCCGGUCCUGGCCCUCCGUUACCCAGCUCUUCCUGCCUCUCUGUGGAGGAGGAUGGGGAGGCGCUGGGGGAGUUGGAGAGGCAGACGGAGGUAGUGGGAGAGAGUGCAGGAGGGAUGGUAGAGGUAGGCAAGCAGGAGGAGAACGGGGGAUUGGUACAGUUGUGUGAGCAGGAGGAGGUAAAGGUGCUGGGAUCGGUGGGGGAGGGGAAGCAGGAGGAGGUCAGGGAGUUAGAUGUAGAUAAUCAGAGGGAGGAAGUGGAGAUGGUGGAGGUGAGGUCAAUGGAGAUGGAGGAGGUGAGGUCAGUGGAGGUGGAGGAGGUGAGGUCAGUGGAGGUGGAGGAGGAGGAGGUGAGGUCAGUGGAGGUGGAGGUGCAGCCCCAAACCUCCCAGCCCAGGAGCAGCUUGCUGCAGCAGGAGGAGAUCGCUGGGGUGACGGUGGUGGAGGUUAAUGAUGAUGAUGAAGAUGAAGAUCAGGCUGAGGUUCAGGGAGCAGUAGGCGGAGAAGAGGAGUCUACCUCGUCUGGGUCUGGACCCCCAGUGAAGAGCUACUGGAGCCGCCACUUCCUGGUUGACCUGCUGGCGUGGCGGUGCCUGUGGUGCCCACGGUGGCGUGGCUGUGCCGGGGGCCGCGGGGUGAUGCUCUGCCCGUUUACCACUUCGGCUCCCUGCUGCGUGGCUGCUGCACCGUGGCCCUCAGCUCCCUGCGCAGGGGCGGAGGCAUUAGGCACUACCCCGCGGGCACGGGUGGAGGAGCCAUGGGGGGCACAGAGAUCUGAGACAGGCCCCAUGACAGCCUGGGAUCUGCACACACACAACCCUGCCCUCUCUGGUCCUGGGUCGUCCUCCACCUGA